AUGGUGGCGCCCUCGCUCACCCGGCUGCUCACCUUGGGUGGAAGCGCACUCUCUCUCCUCUCAUGGACUUCACAGGCCGCCACGGUUCGCUAUGACUUUGACAUUGGGUGGGUGACGGCGGACCCGACGGGCGAGUUCCCGCGCCAGACGAUUGGCAUCAACGGCGCCUGGCCGAUCCCGCCCAUCCGCGCGGCCGUGGGCGACCGCGUCGUCAUCCACGUCAAGAACAGCCUCGGCAACGAGACAACGUCGCUGCACUUCCACGGCCUCUUCAUGAACGGCACCACCCACAUGGAUGGGCCCGUGGGCGUCUCGCAGUGCCCCAUCGCCCCGGGCGGCACCUUGACCUACGACUUCCACGUCACCCAGCCGGGCACGUACUGGUACCACUCGCAUAGCAGAGGCCAGUACCCGGACGGUCUGCGGGGCCCCUUUAUCGUGACGGAUCCGGACAUCCCCUUUGCGUACGACGACGAGGUCGUCCUCACCUUGUCGGACUGGUACCACGAGCAGAUGGCGACGACGUUGAUCCCGCGGUUCAUGAGCAAGAAGAACCCGACGGGCGCGGAGCCGGUGCCGGACGCGGCGCUCAUGAACGACGCCGCGUCGGGCGAGGUCGGCGUGCGCGUCGAGCCCGGCAAGACGUACCUCGUGCGCAUGGUCAACAUGGGCGCCUUUGCGUCGCAGUACGUCUGGAUCGAGGGCCACGAGGUCGAGAUUGUCGAGCUCGACGGCGUCUACACGGAGCCCGCGCGCGCGGAGAUGCUGUACCUGUCGGCGGGCCAGCGGUGCAGUUUCCUGCUCAGGACGAGAAAGGGCGACGUCGGGGAGAACUUUGCCAUCGUGGGCAGCAUGGACACGACCCUCUUCGACGCGAUGCCCGCAUCCCUCAACCCAAACGUCACGGGCCACCUCGUCUACUCGCCCGCCCAUCCGCUCCCUGCCGCCUCGCCUGUCUCGUCCUUCACGCCCAUCGACGACUUCACGCUGACGCCCUACGACCGCAUGCCGCUGCUCCCACCGCCCACGAGGCCGGAGCACGACAUUGAGCUCGUCGUCAAGAUGGACAAUCUUCGCGACGGCAGGAACUACGCCUUCUUCAACAACAUCACGUACACGCCGCCCAAGGUGCCGACGCUGUACACGGCCCUGUCCGCGCCGGAGGACCUGGUCCGUGACCGCAGGAUCUACGGAGGGUACACCAACACUUUCGUCCUCGAAGGCCCCCGUGGUGAGCCGUCUCAGAAGUCGGCUCGGCAUGGUCGUGAUGUCGCGGCAGCGGCAGCGGCAGGCGGUGACACAGUACAGAUUGUACUGCGCAACGAGGACGAUGGCCGGCAUCCGUUUCACCUGCACGGGCACACGUUCCAGGUAUUGUACCGGAGCAGUGGCGAAGAGGAAGACGAUGAGGACGAAGGUGAGGCCCAGACGGGACGGGCCAAGGCGUGGAAGGAGAGCGAGUUCCCGGCGAUCCCCGUGCGGAGGGACACGGUCGUUGUCUGGGGGAACGGCGAGGUCGUGUUGCGGUUCCGCGCGGAUAACCCUGGCGUCUGGCUUUUCCACUGCCACAUCGAGUGGCACGUCGACUCGGGCCUGAUCGCAACGCUCGUCGAAUCGCCCCUCGAGAUCAGGCGGCAGCUGGGUUCCCUCGACGUUUCUUCCUCCUCCCCUUCUUCUCUCCUGGCCCACACCAGCUCAUCCCUGGACGGUGAAUCAGCAGAGGACACCCUCCAGAGCACCACCACCAGCAGCAAGAUCCCGCAAGACCAUCUUGACGCUUGCGCCGCCAGCGGCAUGCUCGCGCGGGGCAACGCGGCCGGCAACGUCGACGACUUUUUGAACCUGGACGGAGAGGCGAGGCAGCCAGGCCCGCUGCCAGAUGGAUUCACCCCCAAGGGCUACGUCGCGCUCCUCAUCUCCACGCUCUCCGGAAUAAUCGGCCUCGUCACAAUCACCUGGUACGGCCUUGCGCCCGUCGACGGCGGUCGUGGUGGCGACGACGAGAGCCGCGCCGGCACGCGCCGCCGCCGAGGUCCGCCAUCAUCGCACCGCGGGGGCGGCGGCGGGGAUAACGGCGAUGCGGUUGUCGGCCGGGCUUCCGAGGACUCGGUGGACAGUGUGGACACUGUUGGUGACGACGAUGAGGGUGUGCUUGCCGAUAGUGAAGGAGGAGGUGGUGGCGAGCAGCAGCCUCUGCUGGCUCGAAGCGCGGGUGACGAUGGCCAUGGACUAGGUGUUAGGAGGGUUCGGUAG